UUUAAUAUUUUUUUCAACUGUAAAAUCUAAUGUAAUCAUGUUUUUAUUCACCUAUUCAUUUUUCAUUGCUUUAUACAUCUUAGAAACUUCAUCGUCGUUCCAGAAUGAUGAAAGUGGCAGUUAUCAAGUACAAUCUCAGAGUGAUGAUGGUACAAUAAUUGAUGAUCCUCUAUUAUCUCAGUUCAAAAAUCACAUGGACAGUCAUAUAAAUUCUCUAUUAUCUGCAUACAAAAAACAAAUGGAAAUUAACACAGAUUCUUUAUUAUGUGCAUACAAAGGUCAUAUGGACAAUAAUACAGCUUCUUUGUUAUCUGCCUACAAAGAUUUUACAGAAAAGUCAAAGCUUCAAUGCGAAGUAGAAAAGAUUCAAAUAAACACUAACACAGAUCCUCUAUUAUCUACAUACAAAAUUUUUAAGUGGGAUAAAUUAAAUAAUAUCAAAACUAUAAAAGACUUCAAUCCAGUUGAUUGGGAAUGGCAGCUGAAUAAGGCCAGUCUUUUAAAAAUAAAUUCAAAAUAUAUUGUAAAUUGCGUAAAAAAUAUUCGCACAAAUGAAAAGCUAAAUGGUUCAAAUUUAGAUUUAAACAUUAUAUAUAUUGAAAGAGACAUGCAUUAUUUUGUUAAAGCUAUAUCUUACUGGAUAACUGGAAGUGUCGUAUUUUAUCAACGCAUAAAAUCUCAAUUAGUUAAAUUUUUGAAGCAGUCUGAAAACUACCUAGACUAUGAGUUUAAUAAGGAAAACAUAGUACUAAAACGAAGUGAUCCUUCAAUUUACAACGUUAUUUCUGUCGGUGUAGCUGAGUUAUAUGCUGCAGCUGAAAUGUUAAAAACGUCUAUUUAUGUUUUUGCUAAUGAAAAAUGGUUCUUUAUUAGUAAAGAUGGAAUAAACGGGAAAAUAACAGAUGAACAGUGCCUGUAUUUAGAAAAUCCUUACGAAAAUCAUUUUAAUGUUAUUGUUCAUGGUUAGUUUAAAUAUUGAUGUAAACGUUUCUCUGAAAUAUAUUUUUUAUUUAGUUCUCUA